GAUGGAAGACGGCAUCUGAGACUGAGGAACGCUGGAGAACAAUGUCGCGCGUCUCCUUUAACCUUGCUGAAGGACGCGGCUAUAUUUAUUGACGUAUGCAAAUAUAUAAGAAAGGGGCGGAGUCACGGCGCAAAAAACAGGAACAAGAAUCACUUUCACAUUGCAGUCUGGAGUUCCGGUGAGAGGGGAAAAAAAGAGACGUGGCGAAAAACAAAUCGGUGAAUAUCGGUGCCUUCAAAAGCACUUUUCCCCCCUUCAUUCGCGUUUGGAGCAGUGGCCGUGUGUGCGUGUGUGUUGAGACGGGUGAAGGAGAUCCACUUUGCGCAGUAACGCCGCCGGUUCGUGCUAAAUGGGUGAUUACGGGUUCGCCUUACAGUCGGCGCUCCUCCACAGUAGCGGCAGCUAUAACAGCCUCCCUGUCGCGUCGUUUCCAUCGCCCAAGCACCGUAGCAGUCCGACGAAUGUGGUGUACGAUAUCCUCAAUAAUAACUCGUCUCUGUUUCUCCCCCUUGCAGCUCAGCAAACCAUGCAGGAUGAUUUACUGAUGGACAAAAGCAAAGCUCAGCCUCACCAACAGCAAGACCCAACGAUCGUCGAGCCUCCUACGCCGACUCCCACGCCGUCCGAGCCGGCGAUCUCCGAGGACAGCAGCCCUUCGAGCGGGAGCAGUCAAGCGCCUUCGGUCAAAGAGAAAGUCGCCAUGGAGUCGCCGAUCCUGCCGGGUCUGGGCUUCCCGGAGACUGGAGGCAACUCCUUGUCUCCGUCGUUCGCCAGCACUUGGUCAUCGGGAACGGCGAACCCGGCGGACGACAGUUUUUUCCAAGGAAUCCCCUCGGUGAACGGCACUAUGCUUUUCCAGAACUUCCCGCACCACGUCAACCCGGUUUUCGGCGGCGGCUUUUCGCCGCAGAUUGGCUUGGCGCAGUCGCAACAGCAGCAAGUACAGCAGCAAGUACAGCAGCAGAGGAGAUCUCCUGUCAGCCCCAACCAGGCUGCUUUUUCUCAGCGGAACGCAUACAGCCACCAGGGCGUGGUGAACAGCAAGGCCUCGCCGUCUUCGUCCUCCUCACCGUCGUCGUGGAGCGCGCAGCAGAGCGCCGUGUGGAGCUCCGGCACGAACCCCUGGAGCGGGCUGCCGGCCGGCCGGGACCCGCGCAGAGCUGUCGGGGUCGGUGUAGGAGUCGGCCUGCCUUCCGCUCUGAGCCCAAUCUCACCGAUGAAGAAGCCCUACCCGACUAAUGUCAUCGCCCCGCCGAAGUUCCCCCGAGCUGCUCCUCUAACUCCAAAACCCUGGCUGGAGGACAACGCCUUCAGGACGGACAACGGCAACAUGUUACCUUUUCAGGACCGGAAUCGGCCCUUCGAUCCAUUUAACUUGCAAACUUUGGAGAAUUCCUUAAUGGAUAUGAUAAGGACUGACCACGACAAAGGACGCAUGGGUCUGAACUUUCAUCACCCAGCAGCAGAACACAUAAUGCCACUGACCAGGAGUUAUGGUCGCAGAAGAGGUCGCUCAUCACUGUUUCCUUUCGAGGAUGGCUUUUUGGAUGAUACUCACGGAGAUCAUUCUCUCACUCCGGGGCUGAACUCCCCCACUCGCUGUCAGAACGGUGAGAGGAUGGAGCGCUAUUCCAGGAAAGUCUUUGUUGGUGGACUGCCUCCAGACAUCGAUGAAGAUGAGAUCACCAAUAGUUUCCGUCGCUAUGGACACCUGGUGGUGGACUGGCCCCAUAAAGCAGAGAGCAAGUCCUAUUUUCCUCCUAAAGGUUACGCCUUCCUGCUUUUCCAGGAAGAAAGUUCAGUUCAGGCUCUUAUUGAUGCCUGCAUUGAGGAAGAUGGGAAACUCUAUUUAUGUGUCUCUAGCCCCACCAUUAAAGACAAACCAGUCCAGAUCCGCCCGUGGAAUCUGAGCGAUAGUGACUUUGUGAUGGACGGCUCUCAGCCUCUGGAUCCUCGCAAGACCAUUUUUGUCGGAGGAGUCCCACGACCUCUGCGUGCAGUGGAGUUGGCGAUGAUUAUGGACCGGCUGUACGGAGGUGUGUGCUAUGCUGGUAUUGAUACUGAUCCUGAGCUGAAGUAUCCUAAAGGAGCAGGUCGAGUGGCGUUCUCUAACCAGCAGAGCUACAUUGCUGCCAUCAGCGCUCGAUUCGUCCAGUUGCAGCACAACGACAUCGACAAACGGGUGGAGGUAAAGCCGUACGUGCUGGACGAUCAGAUGUGUGACGAGUGCCAGGGCGCACGCUGUGGAGGCAAGUUUGCUCCAUUCUUCUGUGCCAACGUCACAUGCCUGCAGUAUUACUGUGAGUACUGCUGGGCCAGCAUCCACUCGCGCGCCGGCCGCGAGUUCCACAAACCGCUGGUGAAGGAGGGAGGAGACCGACCACGCCACGUCUCCUUCCGCUGGAGCUGAUGGAAGAGUCACUCGUCCUCCCCAACCCUCACUUCUUCACCUCCAUCAUCCCCUCCAACCAACUAACCACCAUCACCACCACCACCACGACUACAAGCGAAGAUAACAUGGGUCUUCUUUUAUCUCUUCUUUUUAUUUUUAUUAUUUUUUUAUUUAUUUUUUUUUAAAUCACAGCUCUUAAUAUCUUUGUCCCUCACACACUCUGCUAAUGAACAUUGGGUCGAAAUAAGAAUUUUGAAUAUUUCUGCUUAGAAAUUUGCACUUUGGCUCACGUGUACACACUUGAUGUAAGCUAGGUCAUGACAAUACUGUUUUCUGGUUUCAAGUUUACUUCAAUUUCCUCUUAAUUUAGUCAGUCAGUGUUUCCCAGUAGGACAUUAGACAAGAGUGAGACUAUAUAUAUAUAUAUAUAUAUACAUACACACACACACACACACACACACACACACACACACACACACACACACACACACAUAUACA